UAGCCUGUAGGAUACCGUGGGUCGCAUCUCGUCGGCUGCGCUCACAUCCACAGUCGGCAUGAGAGGAAGCACGCGGCUGCUGCUGCUGAGAACACACACGCGACCAUUUUAACCCGUAGCCUACUACGUUUAAACCGACGUAGACUACAUCACCCAGAUUCAAGCUGUUUGUUUCAAUUAUCGCAGGCGGACAACGUGGUUGGAAAGAGAGACGGGCAGACUAUCGCGGCAGUGUCUCAACAUCUAGUGAGCUGCCUACCUAGACGGCUGCGUCGGGCAUCGUAUAUUCUUCGUGCGCGCUGCGGGCGGCAUUUAAAUCCUGUCGCUGUACACAUGUACACUAUAGACACAUGUACGCUAUGUGUGAAGGUUCGGAGAAGUUAAGGACGUCUUGGCACUUAGCUUGACGGUCUCGUCCAAAGCCGUCUGGUUUGCCUCUGACGCAUUGGCGCAUCAACAAUUUGAUGGAGAGAUAAAACCGUCUUUCUAUGGAUUCAUUGAUUGUCAUUUUGUCAAACCACAAGGCGCCUUCCUGCAAACCCAUCUGAGUCCUACAAACAAUUUAGACCAAUCCUGUUUUAAUCAUGAGACUGGCGUUAAAGUAUCUGGACAAGAUGAGAUGUUUCCGGAAACGCUCCGCCAUUCCUUUCCUGGUGGCCCUCAUUACUUUCCUGCUCUUCAUAAACCUCUACAUCGAGGACGGCUAUGUGCUGGAGGAAGAUAAACGUCAGUUGCGAGAGACCUCCAUGCAUCCGCUAAACUCAGAGCGAUAUGUUCAUACCUUUAAAGACAUGACCAAUUUUUCUGGGACCAUCAAUGUGACUUAUCGGUAUCUUGCUGGAACACCUUUACCUCGAAAAAAAUAUCUCACCAUUGGACUAUCAUCUGUGAAACGAAAACGAGGAAACUAUCUGUUAGAGACCAUCAAGUCCAUUUUUGACCAGUCGAGCUACGAGGAGCUCAAAGAGAUCGUAGUAGUCGUCCACUUGGCGGACUUCGACCUAGCAUGGUGCGAAAGCCUGGUUCAGGAAAUCUCAAGAAAGUUUGGCCAUCACAUCAUUGCAGGCCGACUACUGGUCAUCCACGCGCCCGAAGAGUACUAUCCAUCUUUGGAAGGGUUAAAGAGAAAUUAUAAUGAUCCCGAAGACAGGGUGCGCUUUCGUUCCAAGCAGAAUGUAGAUUACGCCUUUCUGCUUAACUUCUGCACUAACCUUUCAGACUUCUACAUGAUGUUGGAAGAUGACGUGCGUUGCUCCCGUAACUUUCUCACUGCACUUAAAAAGGUGGUGGCAUCCAAAGAGGGAUCCUAUUGGGUGAUGCUGGAGUUUUCAAAAUUGGGCUACAUAGGGAAGCUGUAUCACUCACGAGACCUUCCCAGACUCGCCCAUUUCCUGCUCAUGUUUUAUCAGGAGAUGCCUUGCGAUUGGCUGCUCAUCCAUUUCAGAGGUUUGCUGGCCCAAAAGGAUGCGAUUCGCUUCAAACCCUCUCUGUUUCAACACAUGGGCUACUAUUCGUCCUACAAGGGGGCGGAGAACAAACUCAAGGAUGAUGACUUUGAAGAAGACUCGCUCGAUAUUCCUGACAACCCACCUGCCAGUCUUUACACGAACAUAAAUGUAUUUGAGAGCUAUGAUGCCGCCAAAGCGUACAGUAGUGUUGAUGAGUACUUUUGGGGCAAAUCUCCCUCCACCGGGGACUUUUAUGUUAUAGUGUUCAACAAAGCAACGAAAAUCAGCAAAAUGAAGAUUGUCACCGGAACAGAUGAUCGGCAGAAUGACAUUUUGCAUCACGGAGCUCUGGAAGUGGGGGAGAAAUUAGUAGGAACCAAGAAGGGAAGGCAAUGUUCCUCCUAUAUAACUUUAGGGGAGUUCAAAAACGGAAACAUUGAGGUUCACGAUGUGGACCGCAAAAUAGCUUUUGAUAUCGAAUGCGUUCGCAUCGUUGUAACAGCGAGUCAGAAAGAAUGGCUUAUUAUUAGAAGCAUAAGCCUCUGGACUACACAAGCUGCAAAUCUGUGAGAACUGUUUUCGAACUGUAGCUAAAGGCACAACUAUCAACUAUUUAUUUAUUUAUUUCUUUCUACAUUUUCUAAAUUAUUUAUUCAUUUCAUCAUCUUUAUUUAUUUUUAAGAUUAGGAAAAAUAUCAAAGCAGUACUGUAGGUGACAUUUAUUGAAGGGGGCAGUUUAACUAUUCAAACUUUUUUUAGAAAUUGGGCCUUAUUAACUGAUGAUGACCGCAAAUACAUUUAAACUAACUUUCUAAUUACCCUCCCAAUGUUGAAGCUGGGUUAUUGUAAAUGAGGUGGUUUGUGCUCAAGUCAUCUCCAAAUGGGGGCUUUCUCCACAACCUCCCAUGCACAUCUAUUCGUCGCUCUCUGCAAACAUAUCUUUGUGCUGUACACAUGGCCUCUUGCAUGAGCGCAUACACAGCGAGAUCUUGCAAAGCAAAACUAGCCAUUUUCCAAAUUUGUUGAUACAUUAAACAAUUGUUAUAGGCUUAGAGUACAUAUAUUUUGUUUGUUUGCAUUUUAUUUCAGAUACCUGUUCUUCCAGAUAGAGCUAUACUCAUUAUAAAUCACUGUUAUUCAAGAUAAUGAAGACAUUUGCGGGGUCAUUUGGUUAUUUGAUUUGUAGACAUUUGAAUGAUGAAAAAAGUUUUAUAAAGACAUCAGGACAUCAGAUUUUGUGUUUUGUAGAGAAACGGCUGCUGUUUAACAAACGUAGAAGAUGUCCAUACUGCAGUUGAACCAACUAUGGCUUGCAUAAUUUAAUUUAAACCCAAUUUAGGUUUGUCCACAUUUUAAGUUUUUUAAUCAGUCCCUCCAGAAAAACGCGAUUAUGCGAUCGCAUGCUUUAACGCAUAAUCAGCCAAAGUCCGCAUAUUUAUGCGGGGGACGCAUUUUUUCAAAUUACGCCGCACUUUUGCAGGAUAAAUUUCAGAUUUCUGUGUGCAAAAUAUGCAUGAUUUCAUAAUCCCCGCAUUUUCGUAGCAAAAAUCACAUAUAUCUUAGCAGAAAGUUGAAAAAUGUUGCAUUUACCUCACACAAGCGCAGUCACAGUCAACAAGCACUGUUGCCAUGGAAACGUUUUGAAGUGACGGGAUUAUGUGCCGUAAACAUCAUUGAAAAGCUGCAAAAAAAAUUCCCGCAGUUUUUGCAAGUUCCCGCAAUUUCAUCGCAUAAAAUUGCAUAAAUAUCCCGCAUAUUCCAUCACAUUUUUAAAAAAAACGUGCCGCAAGAUCAAGGAUUUUUGCCCGCAACAAUGACAAAAAAAUUGUACAUUUUUCUGGAAGGACUGUAUAAUGUAAAAUCUGCACAAGUCUGUCAGAAAAAAAAAUGGUCCCUUGCUGUCACUGGGGGGAGACCCUUUUAAAAGGUAUGCAUUUACACAUAAAGAGGUCAUAUCAGGACCUCAAAAGUACACAUUGCUAAAGAAUGCAAAUUAGUACCUCAAGGGUACGUACUGGUACCGUACCAAAUGUAUAUACAUUUGUACAUCAGUACCCAAAUGAUUCAUAUUAACAUCUUUUUAAGGGGCACCGCCCCAUGUGACUGAUUUUUUGACAAUAUUUUUUACAGUGGAGUAAAUGAGGCCCAUGUAGAGACCCCUUCUUUAGGGCGCACUCAUAUUAUCCAAAACAAACCAUGCCCCAGCGUGGUUGUCCCCCGUCCCAACUUCCCCAGAUGCACGUACUCACACUGUACUUUUAUCGAUCUAAGCCCGGCUGCGCUUUCAUUAUUAGGAUGCGAUUGUUUUGAAAAAGCAGAAAGUACAGCACUCUCUUAACACUGGAACCCAUCAUAAUGUUAAGUCUGUGUUUUUAUUCAGAGUUUUUGGUGCACAAUGACAGACAGCCCUCUCACAUGUCAUCAUAUUGCUUAGUUGAUCUGUCACGUGUGCAGCUCGGACAUUCACGAAUCAUAAGGUUUAAAUGAAGGCAGGUGAAGGUGAGUGGUCGCGCAAUUGAUGUCUCUCCUUUCACACCCCAACCCAAGUGAACUAUGCUACAGAUAUCUCAUCAAUUGAGAGAAAACAUUUGCAUGAAAAACAUGUUCCUGGUGAGUUUUUAUGCUAAUUUGUAAUACACCGGUUAUCCACUAGAUGGCCAAUACCCAAUUUAUAAUUUAUAAAAAACUUUAUUUUUUAUUUAAUUUAUAAAAUUAUUUACUACUUUUAAGUUCUGUGUAUGUUUUGAUAAUCAUGCUGAAUCUGAUCUCUAACAAAAUACCUUUACAAAAAUGCAAUGAUUUUAGCUUUUUCCUAAAAAAAAUUUCGUUUUGUUUGUUUGUUUAUUGUUUUUUUUUUUUAAAGCAGAAGGUCUGUUCUUUCAUUUGAUAUAUUUGUAUGUUUAUAUAUUUUUAGAAGACAAUUUUCCUGGAAGGCAGUUUGUGAAACAUUUGUGAAAAUCACAACAAAUGCUAGCAGGCAACUUUCAAAAAAGGCUGGCGGGGAAUGAGUUAAUGAUAUUUACAUAUAAAAUCGCAGCAGCUAAUUUGUCUAAGGUCUUUUGGCUGAAGUACUGUAUGGUACAUUGCAAUAUUUGACAGGCCGAAAUAGAAGAUAUUGAAAAUACAGUCAAAUCGCCAAUUGCUUACCGCUGAAUUGUAAACAUUUCAUUUCAGUAAAGUUCUUUUUGGUCUCUUUGUUUAUUUUUUUCUUAAAUCUAGAAAACUUUUGCUUAUCCUGCUGUCCUUUUCACAAGCACAGGGUCAGAAUUGCCUUGAAUAUACAAUGUAUCAUGGCAUGAAUCCACAUUACAUAUCAUCUCCCCAAUGAAUUAUAACUUGAAUUGAUUUUCAAUCAACAUUGGGCCAACACAGACUCGGUGUAUAGUUUUUCUGUCUGGAACACAGUGUGGCUAUUUGUCCGUCUUCUGAAGUGUUGUGAUUGGCCAGUACAAUGACAAAUGAGCUUAACCUCCUUUCCUUUUCUGUACGUUGCCGCAAACUUUUGCUUAGCUCAAUUUUACCAGGGUAAAUUGGAUAUUUUUUUGGCUUGUUCCCCUAUAGAGUAACACCAGCAGCAGCCACAAUAGUGCAGAUAAGCAACUUUUGGAUAGAGUUAUUGGACACUCCAUUUAAUUGCACCUUUAUGCCAUUGUAUGAAUGUAUGCACAAUCAUUCUUUUCUGCUGGGUAACACACCCCAAGCUCAAUAACUUCAACACAAGAUAUUUUGAAACGGUAACAUUUGAUUUUGCAACCACCUGAUUGAAUUUUGUGAAAAUGUCACCUGAAAAAUGCAAUAAGAAAACUGUUUACACAAAUUUGUAAUGUUACAAAAUGCAUUUACUAUAUUUCUUGUUUUUCUGCAUUUUGAAAGCAAAACCACACAUUUUCUGUAAGCUUUUCAUAUUGCAAUUCAUACAUGCAAGAUGCAUUCUGAUCAAUAUAACAAAUCAUUUGUAAUUUGCAUGAUUUUUGCAAUUGCCUUUGCCAACACCUGAGGUAAUGAAUUGAUUUUAUGUUAGUGAUUUGCACCCACGUGUGGCGAAAGGUGAAGAGCAAGUUCAAUUUGCCCUGAUUGUGAAAAAGCCAUUAUUUUACAGUUUGUAACAUUGCUGUAAACAUUCAUUUCCAUCCCAGGUCAAAAUGUUUCCUGGUCAGAUUUAAUUGGAAGUGAAUACAUCUCGCCCAAUUGUGUUUGUGAAUGGUCUUACGAAUGCAUUUCAGAACUUUAUGGCUUUUUACUGUAAUGUCACGGUAUGUUUUCAAUAGUUUUGUAAUGCCUUCUUGUGAGCAAAGCACAGGUGCUUUUUUAAGCAGCCAGCUAUAUUUUAAGGCUGGGUGUGUAAUAAAAUGUUACCAAUUAAAACAUUGGAAGGUUUGGUCUUCCUCAUAAAACAACUGAAACAUUAUUGUUCCUGCAUGAGCUAAGAAAGAAUGUUACAGUGUUAGUAUGCCUCUCGGUUUUAGGUUUAAUGACUUGUUUUCAAGCGUCUACUCUGAUCUUGAGCUGCUCUGUACUUGAUUUGUAUUUUUACUGUAUUAAUACUACAACAACUGUAAUACUACACAAUCUCACGUAUUGUGGUGCAUAGGUGAACGGAAUGUGUUAUGAUGUAGAUUUAUGUUGUAUUUCCCCCACGCUGUUUGUCACAUGGUACUGUAACUAUAUUGUAAAAUGACAUAUAUUUUUUUACAUCAUUAGAAGUGUUUGCCUUGUAUACUGUACCUAAAUAUACUUUGACUCAAAUGUUGAGUUGAAAAAACUGAAUGCCAUCUGAUCAUUGGAAUUCCAGAGAUUGUAAAGUACAGUAGCUAUCCACCUGCAAAUACACAGCAUGAAGUUUAAACAACUUAAUUAGGUCAAUUCAACCUACUUUUUAAAGUUUUGACUUGAAAAACAAAUUUAAAUU